CCAAAUGACUUUAUAAGCCCCUAAAUAUAUACCAACAUUAAUAGAAGUUUGAAGAUAAUGCUAAAAGGUCCCACUCCCCCCUUGAAACCUUAAAUAGAUAAUGCAUCGUGACAAAACACCCAAUGUUAGUUUCCCAUUUAAUUAUAUCAUCCUCUUUAGCUUACAAACAAAAAACCAAGGAUUAACAUCAAAUCAUUUGAAUACUUUAGUAUUAAUACAAGGCCUUAAUUAGUUUGGUAUAAUUUAUUAAAUACUGUAUAGAACAGCAUUUCAUUUAUAAUUUCUUCUUCUCUUCCUUCUUCCUUCAUUAUUUUUUUUCCUUACUAAUUAUGGCUGUGAGACACUCUCUUUUUGCUUCUUCUACUCAUCUAAUAUGGAAAUCAUGUUCCACCAAAAGGGAAAAUCCUGCACAAAGAGUAGUGUUGGUGUACUCAUGUGCAAGUGAUCAAAAUAUUUCAAUCAAAGCUACUGCUCUUCAGAUCAGAUCAACUUCAACCCAAAAACUUAAGGUAUUUGAAGAUGAGUCAACGGGAAUAGUUUGUUAUAGAGAUGAGAAUGGAGAGAUCACUUGUGAAGGAUAUGAUGAAGGUCCUCGUUACUGCCAAAAAUUCCACAGAUUUUCUUCUAAUUCAAGAGAUGAAGAAAUCAAAGAGCUCCUCCAAAGAUGCUGGUUUCAUGUAACUGAUUGAGUUCAGUUAGGAUCUCACCACUUUCAGACUACUGACAAAUAACACAACAAAACAGGGAUUGCUUGUUUCAGUGUUCUACCUACCUUGUUCUGUAGUGUUCAGUAGUAUGCUUAAAGGGUCUUCCUUUUCAUGCUCCAAAUGUAAUUAAUUUUCCCAUUUCAACACAUUGUUUGUUUCUGCUUCAAUCACUUUUACUGGGUUGGGUCAGAUGUAUAAGCUUCAGUUGUGAAUUGAAGUAUGAGACAUGUAGAUGCACUACAAUUACGUCUUCAACCAUCUGAA